AGAGAAGCAUCUCUCGUUCUCUCUCUCUCUCUCUACAGUCCCGGUGGUACCGUGUAAAGGCACACUCUAACUAACGGCAAUAGGCUACUGCUACAGCCCGAGGAUCUGCCCGAGUACAAAGGGAGUUGACUUACUUUGCAUUGACAGCAGAACUGAGUUCCGUCCCUACGUAGACUAAGGAGCCUACGAGAUUCUUCUCAGGUUUCAGACUGCAAGCGCACCUGGAUAAACCCGAGAGCUUCUCCAGCCGAAAACAGAAGACAACGCGAGGCCAGCAUAGUUUGCUGCUGAAGGAAGCGUUCAGAAUAUGAUUCUCCAACGGCACUUGGUGUUCCUCCUGUAUAGCUUCUGUGGAAUCGCCUCGAAAGUGGGAGCAACCACUAAAACCAAAGGCAAAGGGUUGUCGGGCCAGUUCCCCCUGACCCAGAAUGUGACGGUGACAGAGGGGGGUACGGCCAACAUGACCUGCAGAGUGGAGUACAAUGACCAGACCUCCCUCCAGUGGUCAAACCCGGCACAGCAGACACUCUUCUUCGGGGACAAGAAAGCCUUGAGGGACAACCGGAUCGAGCUGGUUCGGGCAACGUGGGCGGAGCUUACCAUCAGCAUCAGUGACAUCAGCCUAUCAGACGAGGGCCAGUACACAUGCUCCCUGUUCACCAUGCCUGUCAAGACCACCAAGGCCUUCCUCACUGUACUGGGAGUCCCAGAGCGACCAGAGAUCACAGGGUUCACUAAGCCAGCCAUGGAGGGAGAUGAGAUCACUCUGAUCUGCACCACAUCUGGCAGCAAGCCUGCGGCACACAUCCGCUGGUUCAGAAACGACAAGGAAGUAACAGGCACUAAGGAGGUCAACGCCACAGGGAAGUCAUUCACAGUGAAGAGCACUCUGCAGCUGCAGGUGGAUCAGAGUGAUGACGGGGUGGCCUAUACCUGCAGUGUGGAGCACGUGUCUCUUUCUUCCAACCCUUACCAGGUCACAGAGGUCCUGGAGGUCCAUUACGCACCCCAUGUGGAGAUUUCCCACUCCGUGAUCAUCCCUCAGGAAGGACAGUACUUUAAACUGGAGUGUGUCUCCAAAGGGAACCCACUACCAGAGCCAGUGUUGUGGUCUAAAGAUGGAGGGGAGCUGCCUGAUAUAGAGAGGAUGAUCGUAGAGGGCAGGGAACUCACCAUCACCGCCCUCAACAAGACAGACAACGGAACGUAUCGCUGUGAGGCCAGUAACUACCUGGGGACUAGUGGAGCUGAAUAUGUCCUGUUUGUAUACGAUCCCAAUGCACCAGGACAGCAGGACCCUGACCAUGCAUUAAUUGGAGGUGUUGUGGCUGUGGUUGUGUUCAUCACCUUGUGUUUGAUCAUAGCUCUAGGGCGGUAUCUGGCUAGGCAUAAAGGGACGUACCUAACACACGAGGCUAAAGGAUCCGAGGAUGCCCCUGACGCAGACACGGCCAUCAUCAACGCAGAGGGGAACCACGCAGCGGAGGAGAAGAAAGAGUACUUCAUUUAGAGCUUUUUCCGUUUCGUCCCGUCUCUUUUAUGUUUCCACCUCUGUUCUUCUUUCUGUCUGAUUUAUUUCUUUCACCAGAGGCAGGGGCGGACUAGGACCAGAUAUCGGCCCGGGCAUUUCAAACGCAUCAGCCCAUUUGUUUCUUUCACCAGAGGCAGGGGCGGACUAGGACCAGAUAUCGGCCCGGGCAUUUCAAACGCAUCAGCCCAUUUGUUUCUUUCACCAGAGGCAGGGGCGGACUAGGACCAGAUAUCGGCCCGGGCAUUUCAAACGCAUCAGCCCAUUUGUUUCCUUGAGGCACCCACUAUUAAGCAAAUUUUUUUUCUGGCCCACUGGCAUUUGCCAGAAUUGCCCUAUGUCCGGUCCAUCUCUGCCAGUCGACCAACACAGUCUGCAGUUGGCUCAGUGCUGCUGGGGCAGGAACCAGUUCUUAGUCCCCUCCACUCCUCUCCCGAAAGAGAAAGCUCAAGUUUGGUUUUACUGGUCGGUUUUAACAAGCAAAUCGAUAAAAAUGCUGCCUUGUUUUUACUGCAAGUGUACUCCGCUACUUGUACUCAGUGUUUGAAAAAGAGCAGAUCCUGUUUCAUUCAGGUUUUUAACACUUUGUUAAUUGUCAUGUUUUGUUUGACAUUUCCUAAAUAUACAGACCGUUUUCAAUCUGCUUCUGACAUGUUUGUUUCAACUCUUUUUGGGGGGGGGGGGAUUUUGUGUCCCCUACUCCCCUCACCAUCCCUGUUAUAUACCUUCUGCAUAUAUUUCCAACAGGAAGCGGAAAGAAAUGUGCUUCAUCUGACUCCGGAAAACAUUGGCUAUGCCGAUAAUUAUGCUUUUCAGAGAAGAAUAUGUGAAAUGUAUCAAUGUGAACGACGUGAUGGGGCUUAGUUGCAACUGUAAAAAUGGUAUUGGGUAUGAGAGGCACACAAUUAGGCUCUCAUGUUGUGGAAAACGAUGGAAGUACAAAAAAACGGAAUUAGUUCUGA